GCACAACUUUUAUUUGGUGUUUCUGAAAAUGAAUCACCUCACUUCUCACACGCCACAUCUCCGAAAAAGCUCCAGACCCCUCUGCGUCACCACCCCCUCCAUCCUCAGUCAGAAGAUGGUGGACAGCCCAUCCCCUCCGGUGGUGGACUUGAAGCAUUCCCUAGUCACACCCAGCAGCUGGCAAGAGUCCUGGGGAGCACCUGUGCCUGCUGGAGUUCGUGUGUCCUAUGGGAAUCCCAGUGUGGCUGUGGCCUGUUUGGGGUAGGUCUUCUAACGUGAGCUCAACUUCCCCUGCAUGACUCUGGCGGUCUGGUCCCAUGUGCCUCCUGGGAGCUGGAGGACCGCCCGGCCCAGGGGCGGUUCGAGUGGAUGCCCGGGAGCAGAGCCUGGACCUGGGCCUGGCUCCAGGCCUAUGCUCCCGGACCCCCGCGCCCCGAGGAGGAGCUGCACGUGCCCAUGGACAGUGGGCGCCGGGAGACCUCCGUCCCUCCCCACCAACCCAGGCCCCUUCCCUUCUCCGAGUUCCCAUCCCCUUUCCUUCCCCGAGCCCGGAUUCUCACCCCUGGCCCCCCGCCUCCGGCCGGCACCGCACAACUCAUCCGGGCGCAGCCACGCGAGGCAUCCACUCCGGCGGGAGGUGGAAGCUGAACUGUAGGUCGGCGUGGGCCGGAGGCUGGCCCUGCAGGGGUCGUCGUGCCCUCGGACCGCGCGCCCUUCGCCACCUCCUCGUCCUUUGCCGACCUCUUCCCGCCGCCGCCCGCGCGCGCCGAUCGACACACUGCGGAACAGACGGCCGCGGCGAAACCGCAGGAAGGCCGGCGAGACCGAGAAGAAGUGGGGGAAGUGUCUCCGAGGGAAGCCGGGCCGCCGCGGGACAGAGCGCGAAGGGGCGGGGCCAGGGAGACGCCCCGCCCAACUCUGCGCUGGGCCCGCCACCUUUUGCGCACGCGCGCAGAGAAGCAGGGACUGGGGAGCGCGGACGUUCACGCUUGUCUGCGCGUGCGCCAUGCCCAUGAGCGUGCGCGCUGGCGUUGAGCGCACCGGUGGCGCAGGAAUCUGUCGGCUCCGCUAGUGCAGCGUGGUUGAGUCUACAGCGGUGACGAGCUCUGGCAGAGCGGGGCUGUCCCCUGAGUCGCGGUACUUACGCUGGGUUCCGAGGAGACUGGGUCGUGCUCGGUGUGUGGCUCGGUGUCCAGCUUUCUGACCUUACAGGCACAUCGCGUGCACUGCUUAGAGCGCGUAUGUAAAGAAGGAAGCUGGUGGGGAGAGGCCGUGGGACGUGCCAAAGGUCAUCCAGCCCAGCGCGCAACCCCAGGAACCAUCCGGAAGUGGGCGGAGACCUGAAGUCUGGGAAUCCUCGGGAGGGUCUUCUCAGCAGCUGAACGAACAGGCGCGUCAGGUCCAUGCUGCUGCUGGUUCUGGCACCCAAGGCUUGGCACAGGCUCUCUCAUCUGAAGCCCCCAGCCCUCGUUUGGACCCCGGGAGGCAAGGCCGGACAUGUGAGGUGUCGGCUCCUGUCAAGGCAGGGCCCUGGAGACACAGGCAGGCAGAGCCGGCCCCAGGGCCCUGGGCUUGGAACCAGGCUGUUGAUCACCGCCUUGUUUGGGGCUGGGCUGGGUGGGGCUUGGCUGGCUGCCAGGGCCGAGAAGGAGCAGCGGCGGCAGCAACAGCGGACAGAGGCCCUGCGCCAGGCAGCUGUGGGCCAGGGGGACUUCAGCCUGCUGGACCACCAGGGACAGGCUCGCUGCAAAGCCGACUUCCGGGGUCAGUGGGUGCUGAUGUACUUUGGGUUCACUCACUGCCCCGACAUCUGCCCAGACGAGCUGGAGAAGCUGGUGCAGGUGGUACGGAAGCUGGAGGCUGAGCCCGGCCUGCCCCCGGUGCAGCCUGUCUUCAUUACUGUGGACCCCGAGCGGGACACUGUCGCAGCCAUGGCCCGCUACGUUCAGGACUUCCACCCACGGUUGCUGGGCCUGACCGGUUCUGCUGAGCAGGUGGCCCAAGUGAGCCGCAGCUACCGCGUGUACUACAGCGCGGGCCCCAAGGACGAGGACCAGGAUUACAUCGUGGACCACUCCAUUGCCAUCUACCUGCUCAGCCCUGACGGCCUCUUCACGGACUACUACAGCCGGGCCAGAUCAGCAGAGCAGAUCGCAGACAGCGUGAGGCGCCACAUGGCUGCCUUCCGCAGCGUCCUGCACUGAACCAGGUCAUUAAAGAGGGUGUGAUGGA